ACCGGCGGACUUUUUGAUUUCAGAUGUGUUCGCAUCGCUGCUCAGCAGAAAGAAAAUGUUUAUACUUAGCAACCAAAAUAAUCACUUCCACUGCGACGCUUGUUUUCGCUCCCUUACCUUUGAUACACAUUGUUAAAUAUAGUUUAUAAACUCGCGUCAAGAGUCAAACCAAUGUCAUGUUAAUUUACAUCCACCUACUCACGCGUUUGUCAAACACAGCACAACUUAUUCAGUAUGAGCACCUCGGGUCCUUCUCUGAAAAAGAAAAGCUAUAUGGGGCAGCACCAGAUCAAGAAGAAAAGAAGCUUCCAAGCUCCCGAUGAGCCACAAGAUGGAGAGAGACUGUCGCAGAAAACAGGUUACCUGUCAGGCAAAACAAACACCAGCAGGGAUGGCCUCAUGGGUGGAGGAGCAGUGUUUCCGCUGGGAGAAUCCACAUUAGCGCUGGAUGAAGAGAUGCUUCAGGUGCUGGAUGCUGUAGACCCCGUGAUGCCUGGUUUUCCAACAGCAGUAAACAGAGAUGCACAGGAAAGCCCAGCAUCAUCAGCUGACUCUGUCCCUUUACGGUCCCUUGCACCAGUUGCAGACAAUAAGAGGGAGAGUGACAGAGCACAUCAGCCCGCGGGACACCACAGAGCCCCAAGCACCCAGGAGAGUGUCUGUGGGCGUAGUGGUGAUUGUAAGAGACCUGGACGGAGAGCUGACUGCAAAGACCUUGCACAGAGGCUUCUCUUCAGUGAGGACUUGGAGGAAGCGGAGCAUGCUCAGAGGGGUGCCGGAAACAUCCAGUCAUUGCAUGCCUCUGCCUGCAUCGAUGGGCUAUCCAGUCAAGAAAUAAAAAAACGUCAGCAACUAGGUGGCGCCACCGAUAGGCAGAAACUUGCAUCCAGAAGACAGAGCUGCCCUCGUAGUGAUGACAAAAGUGGGCAAAAUAUGAAUGCUUAUCCACCUCUGGAUGUAUCCAGGGACUACAUCUUGUUCAGCCCCUCCCGCCUCGCAGCGGCCACGAAGAAGGCCAAACUGCAGCAGUCACUACAGAAUCAGUCCGCUUCUGUGCUCACAGUCCCCAGCGGCUUAGACCUCAGUACUCUGAGUGACACUUUACCUCAGCCAGGCAUUGCCUUGCGUGCUCCCGCGGGGCAAGCUGAAAAGCUGCUGCUAUCCAGUUGGGGCUUACCAAAACCUGUACUGGAGCGCUACCAGAAACACGGAGUGACUCACAUGUUCGAAUGGCAGGCUCAGUGCCUCACUGUUGGACAGGUGCUGCAGGGAGGUAACCUAGUGUACUCUGCUCCGACCAGUGCUGGAAAAACUCUGGUGUCAGAGCUGCUGAUGUUGAAGCGAGUGUUGGAGACUAAAAGAAAAGCUCUCUUCAUUCUGCCAUUUGUCUCUGUGGCGAAAGAGAAGAUGCAUUACCUUCAGAGUGUAUUUGAAGAGGCAGGAGUUCGUGUGGAGGGAUAUAUGGGCAGCACUUCAGCUGCUGGAGGGUUCACAGCUCUAGAUGUGGCUGUUUGCACGAUAGAAAAAGCCAACUCCCUCAUUAACAGACUAAUUGAAGAGGACUGUAUGGGUCUACUAGGUAUGGUUGUGGUGGAUGAGUUGCAUAUGGUUGGAGAUUCUGGAAGAGGAUACCUACUAGAACUGCUCUUAACCAAAAUCCGCUACAUUGCACAGAAGCAGAAUACCACUGGGUCUCUCUCUGAGGGUGUACAGAUCAUAGGUAUGAGCGCCACCUUGCCUAACCUCUCCCUCCUGGCUAGCUGGCUAGGCGCAGAGCUUUACCAGACAGACUACAGACCUGUACCCCUGCAGGAGCAUCUCAAGGUGGGCUGCAACAUCUACGACAAGAGCCUCUCUGUGGUGCGGCAGUUCACUCCUGCUCUGCACAUUAAGGGUGACGAUGACCACAUAGUGAGCCUGUGCUAUGAGACUGUGAGAGAGGCCCACUCUGUGCUUCUAUUCUGCCCCUCGAAGAACUGGUGCGAGAAACUGGCGGACGGCAUCGCCAGAGAAUUCUACUGCCUCAGUCAUGCUGAUUGUCAGGGCCAAGCAGAGCCUCGACCAGUGUGUCUGGAUCGGGAGGGACUACUGGAUGUCCUAGCCCAGUUGAGACGAACACCGGCCGGUUUAGACCCCAUCCUCCAGCGGACUGUGCAAUGGGGGGUGGCCUUCCACCAUGCUGGUUUGACGUUUGAUGAGCGUGAUGUGUUGGAGGGAGCUUUUCGUCAGGGCGUGGUGAGAGUCUUGGCCGCCACCUCUACCCUGUCGUCAGGGGUUAAUCUCCCAGCUCGCAGGGUCAUCAUUCGUACCCCUACCUUCAAUGGACACUUGUUGGACCCGCUCACCUACAAACAGAUGGCUGGACGAGCAGGAAGGAAAGGGGUAGACACUGAAGGUGAGAGUGUGCUGGUGUGUAAGGAGGCAGAGCGUCAGAAAGGUAUUAGUCUCCUUAAAGGUGCUCUUCAACCAAUCAGCAGCUGCCUGGUGAGAAGGGAGGGAGAGGGCGUCACCACCAGCAUGCUGCGAGCCAUCCUAGAGAUCAUUGUCGGAGGUGUGGCCAGCACUCCACAGGAUGUGAGGUUAUAUGCUUCGUGCUCACUGCUGGCUGCCAGCAUGAAAUGUGACAGCAAAAGACAAUCAAAUGAGACCAACACAGGAGCUAUUGAGGCCUGUGUUGAAUGGCUGAUGGACAAUGAAUUUAUUAGUAUCCAGAAAGAUGGACAAGAGGAGCGGUACUGUCCAACUCAACUCGGCGCUGCCACCCUUUCCUCCUCCCUCUCCCCUCCUGAGGCUGUAGGAAUAUUUGCAGAUCUCCAGCGGGCCAUGAAGGGCUUUGUACUGGAAAAUGACUUGCACAUUCUGUAUCUGAUCACCCCGCUGUACGCAGAGUGGACCACCAUAGAUUGGUAUCAGUUCUUCUGUCUGUGGGAGCAGCUCUCAUCAUCGAUGAAAAGAGUAGCUGAGCUGGUGGGCGUCCAGGAGGGUUUUCUCGCACGAUCUGUCAGUGGCAAACUUGUCGCCAAAACAGAGAAGCAGCGCAGACAGAUGGCCAUUCAUAAACGGUUUUUCACCACCCUUGUGCUACAGGAACUGGUGAAUGAGGUGCCUUUGGGAACAGUGGCAUCCAAAUACAACUGCAAUCGUGGGCAGUUACAGUCUCUCCAGCAGUCUGCUUCUACAUAUGCAGGUAUGGUAACAGUGUUUUGCAAGCGUCUGGGCUGGCACAACAUGGAGCUGCUUUUGUCCCAGUACCAGACCAGGCUGAGCUUUGGAGUCCAGAGGGAGCUGGUUGACCUCGUGAGAGUUUCCCUCCUGAAUGCAGCACGAGCCAGAACACUCUACGCACAAGGCCUCUGUACUGUUGCUGAACUGGCCAGGGCUACUGUGGCUGAUGUGGAGAAAGCCUUGAGGAAUGCUGUCCCAUUUAAGAGCUCUAAGCGCGCAGUAGAUGAGAGUGAGGUGGAGGCAGCUGAGAGACGGAGCCUUCGCUGUGUCUGGGUCACCGGUGGUCGAGCCCUGACGGAACAGGAAGCCGCUGUUGAGAUAGUGUCUGAGGCAAGGCUCCUCCUUCAAGAAGACUUGGCUCAGUUAGGAGUUCAGUGGGACCCAGCAACACUUCCUCCUGGGGCUCCAGCUGUAAACAGCCCCGAUGUCCAUCAUAGCAGGGACUCAGACUCCUCAUCUACCUCAUAUCUAAGCUCACAUGAAGCACAGAUGGGCAACAUUAAAGAUCACCAAGAAGGAGACAGGGCCAAGAAAAGUGAGAGAGAUAUUGGCAGACUUGGAGAGGAGAAUAAGGAGAAAAGGAUGACUGAAAAGAAAACGGAGAAAGCAGAAGGAGAAGCUAAGAAAAAGCAAGGGAAGUCCAAGUCUGAAGACACGGUAGUCAACAGAUUAUUGGAGGAGCACAGAAAAGACAACAAGGGAGAACCAGCAAUUCGACAAACAGGCCAUGGAGUGCAAAUGGAAAGAAGCAAAAAAACAAAACAAGAUGAGACAGAUAAAACAUUUUUAAUGGCAAAUGACACAGAAGAUCCAUAUAAAAAAAGAGAAAGACAAACACAGACAAGGUCAAAGGACGAGCGCAAAAAAGCAGAGCCAAAAGAAGGAGAGACAAGUAAAGGGACUGUCUCAAUCAGACCAGAGAGUCAUCAAGCAAAUCGUCCUGUCCCUGAAAGGAGCCUGACACAGGAAUUAGCUGAGAUUGUGUCAAGCCCCCUGCCUGAACUGAUGCCACGUCCUCAGCCCCCCGCUUCCCCAAUGCCUCCCGCUCGGUUUAGAGCUCCAAUAUCCCGAGCAGACAAACAACACAGUGUUCCUACAAAGACAUCAAAAGGAGCUGGUACCACAGGGCUUGCAGCCUCACCUUUACAGCCAGGUAGACUGAGGCAUUCGAGAGCCUUAAGCAAAGUUCUUCACUCUAUACAGACUGACAAAGGUCUACAGAAUAAUGUAGAGACUGCACAGACAUCACACUCAAAACCCACAGUUUCUUCAGCGCCUGCAGGCCAGGUUCCUACAUCCAUUCAAGCUCCUGGCCCUGUGCAAGGCACUUCUACACCUACAAAUGCAGAUAUGCUAGACUCUCCCCUUUUGGCCUCUCCUGCUUCUGUUCCCUUAUUCUCUCCUGAGGCCAAGCGAAGAAGGAUAGAUGGCAGUGAGGUUGAUAAGUUUUCAUCUCCCGAGCUGUACGCAGGAGAUGAGAGAGAUGAAGACGUUGAAGGAUCUGUUAAAAAAGGAGAGGAGAGUUUUGGUGACAGCUUUGAAUUGGACACCCAGACAGAAAGAAUCAUUGUUCAACAGAUAUGCCAACACAGAGAGGGGAAUAAUAGAGGGAUGAAUCAGCCGGAAGAAACUAAAAAAAUAAGAGGGGAGGAAAUGGUAGAAGCGGCUGUUGAGCUGGAUAUGGACACAAAUGAGGGAAGUAACAAGCUUGAGGCCCCUGAAAAUGCAUUUCCCAGAUUCAAUAUAUCUCUCACGGAUAGCCAGAUGGAGCUCAUCCUUAACACCAGCCACCAGGCUUCUCCUGGUCCAGGCGCUGAUGUGAAUGCAGUUGAGGAUAAAGAUGAAGGUGAGGACCUCUGUGCCGAUCAGGCCACCUCUGAGAGUGUUAACAGAAGCAGUAGCUUCCUGUUCGACAGCCUGUAUGACAGCUCUCUGCUGGUUGGUCUGAGCCAACACCAGAUCCUUGACGGGUCAGACGAAGAGGAAUCAGCUGCCCAGGGGAUCGGAGACGAGCACCCUCUUCCAUCAACCCAGGAGCGAAGGCGCAGCAAGCUUCUCACCAAUCAGGAGACGGAGAAGCGGGAGGCAGUCCAAUGGGGCGAGUCCUCCUUUAACCUGUCAGAGUGGGGCGACUCACUGUUGGUGGGAGAACACUUUCUGGAGAGGCAGAGCUUGCUCAAACACACAGAGAGAAAUCAAAAAGAGCAAGAAGCCAGUCAUCCUAAGGCUCAGCAGUCCAACGCAGAUGAUGUUCUGCCUGAAGAACAGGUGACAGAAUCACAACCUAAACCCAGUCAGAUACAACCAAAACCCACCACGAAAACUACAACCAUAAUUCAGAAUGAGUAUGUCAAGGAUAAAGCCAGUGAUAAUCAAGGCCAAACACACCAAAGUAAACAGCAUAAUAAUAAACCACACGGGAGUCAGGAAACAGUAAAUGGAGAGUGUGAAAAUGGGAAGCAAGUAGGGAGGGAAUUCAUGGAAGAGGGAGAAAAGAAAGAGGACAUAAACGCUUUAUUGUCAGAUAAUGCAGUUUUAAAACACCCACAUGUCCAAAAUGCACCUGAAAGCACUCUUUAUUGCAGCCCUGGUUUACAAGAAAUCUUUGACCGCUGGCCUAGUAUGUCUGAGCAGGCCUGCCAAAACACUACAAGAGGCCACACAGCCACUCAUAUACUCAUAAAUGCUGCAAAUUCAGCAGCAGUUCCAGAUCUGCCUCAGCCCUCAAUACAGGUGGACAGGAAAAGGGGAAAGCCAGAUGUGCUGGUUGUUGCUGCUGUGAGCAACUGCAGAGAGAAAGAACCCUCCAGUCAUGACAGCGAGGAUGUAGCAGAGAGACCAGGCUCUGCUGGUGAUCUCAUUCCCCCAACUCAGGAAACACCACCUGCCACACCCAGAGUAAAACUGACCACGUCAUCUGUCCAGUCGCCCCUCACUGCUCAGCCCCUCAACCAGUCAACUCCUUCAGCCCUCCUGCCACGGAGACCAGCAAUCACAAAAUGGCCUAAAUCUCGCCCAGGAUACAGCGAUCAACGCUCAGAAGCUGCUGCAGACACUAAACAGCCUAAUUUCACAGCAGUUCCCAGCCAUGGACACCAGCUGAGACAGAAACCAACGACUCUACCGUUUCCAAGUUCAAAAACAAAACUCCUGCAACUCACCAACCAGAAUUUCAGCCCUCCCAAGGGCUGCGCUUCUCCAUCCUCCCCCCAGGCGAAGCUUCCCACUGAUGUAGAAUCACCUGUUACUGAUGAAGGCUUCACUCUUCAGCUGUCCCAGGACGCAUGGCUCUGUUCCAGCAACUCGGGGACCUUCUCCAUCAUAGAUGUGGCAAGUGACAGGCGCCUCUUCGAUACUUUCAUUAAUGAAUGGAAAACAAAGGAGCAGUACUGUCUGGCUUUGGCCUGUGAAAGGAGGGAGCACAGACAGCAGCCUGAGGGGGAAAUAGGAGGGAAACACAGGAAAGCGUCAGCAGCUCAUCAGAAGCUCCAAAGGGUCGAUGGUUUCCCUGUAAGAGACAGUGAUGGACUGGUGUUGAUUGGACUGUCUGUCUGCUGGGGAGCAAGAGAUGCGUACUACAUAUCUCUACAGCAAGAACAGAGCAGAGGUUUGAGCUCCAGUCUGGCCCCUCCUCCACUGGAUGAUGAUUUGCCGGUAAGUGAGAGGCUGAGGCAGGUGAAGACCUGCCUGAGCGAACCAUCGGCUUGUCAUGGAGGAGGUGUGGUUGUCACGUAUGACAUCAUAGAGGUGUACAAGAUGCUGGUUUUGAGCUGUGGCAUCAGCUUGGAGGGAAACUGUGAAGAUCCCAAGGUUGCGUGCUGGCUUGUGGACCCUGGCAGUGAGGAGAGGACUCUACCCAACAUGGUGACUGUGUACUGUCCUGAGGAAUUGCCUCUGCUGGAAGGACUUGGGAAUGCGCAUGCUCACUGUCCUCGUGUUAGGGCAGCGACCAAGAGUGUGCUCGUACACGCUGUGAUGAAACAUCUCACUGGCCUGCUAGAGAAAGACGGCAUGCUUGACUUAUUCAGGAGCAUUGAGAUGCCCUCCCAGGUGUGUUUGGCUCUGUUGGAAUUGAAUGGAGUGGGCUUCAGUGUCGAAGAAUGUGAAAGACAAAAACAUGUGAUGCAAGCCAAACUCACAGCGCUGGAAUCUCAAGCUUACAACCUGGCCGGACACAGCUUCUCCCUCACCAGCAUUGACGACAUAGCACAGGUGUUGUUUUUAGAGCUCCAUCUGCCUCCAAACGGUGAUGUGGGUGGAUCGAAAAGUAAGAAGACACUUGGCUACACCAGGAGAGGCGGCGGCAGAGUGCGACUUGGAAAGCAGUUCAGCACCACCAAGGAUGUUCUGGAGAAGCUUCGCCCCCUGCACCAGUUGCCGGGUGUGAUUCUGGAGUGGAGGCGGAUCACUAACGCCCUGACUAAAGUGGUGUUCCCCCUGCAGAGGGAGAAGCAAUACCACCCUACACUGACCAUGGACAGAAUAUACCCUAUCGCCCAGACACACACAGCCACAGGUAGAGUAAGCUUCACUGAGCCCAACAUACAGAAUGUCCCCAAAGACUUUGAGAUUCACAUACCCACGGUGGUGGGUGAGAGCCCACCUUCACAAGACAGCAGCCACAUGACCACCAAACCUAGAAAGAAGAGACGUUCUGCGGUACCUUCAGCUGCAGCUGGCAGUGUAGAACAAGGCCCGGCCUUCUCUGUCAGCAUGAGACAUGCCUUUGUACCUUUUUCAGGCGGGAUGAUACUGGCAGCUGAUUAUUCACAGCUGGAGUUGAGAGUGUUGGCUCACCUUUCCAAGGAUCAACGCCUUCUUCAGGUGCUGAACGGAGGUGCAGACGUGUUUCGCUGUAUUGCUGCUGAGUGGAAAAGUGUCGACCCAGAGUCCGUGAACGACAGCCUCAGACAACAGGCAAAACAGAUUUGCUAUGGCAUUAUCUAUGGGAUGGGAGCCAAAUCUUUAGGGGAGCAAAUGGGAGUGGAGGAGAAUGACGCAGCCUGCUACAUAGAAAGUUUCAAGGCCAGAUACAAAGGGAUCAAUGCAUUUCUUAGAGAAACUGUGAAGAACUGUAUAAAGAACGGCUACGUUCAGACGCUGAUGGGCCGUAGGAGAUACCUACCCGGGAUCACUAACGGCAAUACACACAUCAAAGCACAUGCAGAGCGUCAGGCUGUGAACACAACUGUACAGGGCUCAGCAGCAGACAUUGUCAAACUCGCCACUGUGAACAUCCAGAAACGACUACGAAAAACAUACCCUUCAGCUCCACUCUCUCACCAGCACACACACACAGCCCGCAAUCACCGCAGGGCUGGGACGUCUCUACUAAGAGGAGCCUACUUUGUCCUACAGAUGCAUGAUGAGCUCAUCUAUGAAACCACAGAGGAAGACGUCAUACAGGUUGCUCAGAUUGUCAAGAGGGAGAUGGAGUCGGCAGUAAAACUGUAUGUAAAGCUUAAGGCCAAAGUCAAGGUGGGACCCAGCUGGGGAAACCUGCAGGACUUAGAUAUAUAAUGUGAAUGUUUUGAUGUUUGAGAUCGAAAUAAAGGUUCUUUAAUAUGUUAAUGCUA